AUCAAAUCGACAAUGGCUUCUCCUCCUAAAAGGCGAAUCAAAAACCCUAGAUACUCAACUACCUCUUCCCCAUCUCCUUCUUCCAUACGAACUUCAUCUUCAACUCAACCGCCACCAAGCUUAUUGCCGUCCAAGACAGAGUUUUUCAAGCUCAUCGCCGUCGUAUCUAUCGCUGUCUCUGUAGCAAUAGGCUGCAACUAUGUCGUCAAGUUUUCAAGUCUUCAGCCGAAGCCGUUCUGCGAUAGAGAUACGGAAUUCGAUUACUAUUCCUCCGAUGUUUGUGAUCCUUGUCCAAGCCAUGGCAUAUGUUAUCAAGGCAAAUUAGAAUGCAUGAGUGGUUAUAUAAGACAUGGGAGAUCAUGUCUAGAAGAUGGAGAUAUUAAUGAAAUGGCUAAGAAUCUCGCGAAAAUGGCAGAAUCUCAUGUCUGUGAAUCAUAUUCUCAGUACUUGUGCAAAGGAAUGGACAAAGUUUGGAUUCAAGGGAAUGAAUUGUGGAAUAAUAUGGAUAAACUGAAGCUGACAGAGGAUUAUGGAAAGGACAACACCACCUAUCUGUAUGCAAAGCAAAGAGCAAUGGAGAUUGUUUAUAAUUUAUUGGAGACCAGGGAUACUAACAUUGGGAUUAAGGAGCUGAAAUGUCCAGAGUUGCUAGUGGAACAUUAUAAACCACUAAGCUGUUGCAUUCGACUAUGGCUUUUGGAGCGUGCUUUGUUUCUAAUACCAUUUUGUGCCUUGCUCAUGGGGUGCAUAUUAAUACUGCUAAGAAUUCGACGGAGACAUUACUUAUCAGUUAGAGCUGAAGAGCUUUACGAACAGGUCUGCGACACGCUUGAAGAGACUGCUUUAACUUCAAGGAGUGUAAAUGGUGAAGGUGAACCGUGGAUAGUUGCUUCAUGGUUAAGAGAUAAUAUCCUUACACCCAGAGAAAGAAGGGAUCCCCUGUUGUGGAAAAAGGUUGAGGAGUUGGUCCAAGAAGAUUCUCGCUUAGACCAGUACCCAAAAAUGUUGAAGGGUGAAGCUAAGGUUGUCUGGGAGUGGCAAGUUGAAGGAGCUUUGAGAUCUUCUGGCAAGAAGAAGAAGAAGAAGGGAGAGAUGGACAAACAGAAAUGGAGUGAAAAUUCAAAUUUGGGUUCUAACCAAGAUCCCAGGAGCAGAUUGAAGGCUGUUUAAAAUGGUAUAUCUUGAAACAUGAUCACAUAUGUUGUAGAUUCUCUUUUGUACAUUUUAUAUAACAAUUUUCAGAAUGCCAUUGUUCCGUACACACACACAACACACACACACAUAUAUGCAUG